UCCUCUGACGGCGGGCUCCAUUGAGCAGCUAGGAGUGUGGUUUCUGCUGAAGGGGGCUGUCACUUUCUACACAGCCUCCUGAGAAGAAAGGGACCUGAAACCGUCCAGACCACUUUUUCUUCUAGGAAACGAUUGAGCACAGGAAUAAAGAUGGCUGCUGAAGCAGAAGAAAACAAUUACAUCAAUUUUGUGGAAAUGCAAUUUACUGACAACACACUUUAUUUUAUAGGUGAAAAUGAUGAAAACCUGGAAUCAGACUACUUUGGCAAGCUUGAACCUAGAUGGUCAAUCAUACGAAAUCUGAACAACCAAGUUCUCUUCGUUAACCAGGGAAGCCAAGCCAUGUUUGAGGAUAUGACUGAUUCUGAGUGUGAAGAGAAUGCACCCCAGACUAAAAUUGUAAUAAGUAUAUAUAAAGAUAGCUGCUCUAGAGGUAUGGCAGUAACCCUCUCUGUGAAGUGUAAAGAAAACUUUACUCUCUCCUGUAUGAACAAAAAUAUUUCCUUCAAGAAAAUGAGUCCUCCUGAUGAUAUCAAUGAUGAAGCAAAUGACAUCAUAUUCUUUAUGAGAAGUGUUCCAGGACAUAACAAUAAGAUGCAGUUUGAGUCUUCAUUGUAUAAGGGAUAUUUUCUAGCUUGUAAAAAGGAGAACGAACUUUUUAAACUCAUUUUGAAAGAAAGGGACAUACAUUGGGAUGAAUCUGUAAUGUUCACUGUUGACUACUGCAAAAACUAGAUAUUAAAAUUUCAUAGUUUGAACUUUCUAAGUUUUUGUCUUUCAGAAAAGUUAAGAUUGAGUCUAUAAUUGUAAUGAUGAAAUAAAAUGAAUAAUGAUCUCAAAAGAUACCACUAAGAAGUGAAUAGUAAGCUUUCACAAAAUUGAAUUGACCCAUGUUUAUACAGAUGAAUAAAGAAAGCAUUUGUAUAAUGUAAAAAGAUGCAUAGUUUGAAAACAUAUUCUCCAUUGUUGACAUUGGAACAUAGAUUAUACUCAAUAAAAGUGUUUUAAAUCUUU